AUGGCAAUCAAAGCCACGCCUGUCAUCAAAGAUGGCUGCCUCAUGGUGAGAGGCAAGGCGGUUUUGACAGAAGUUCCACCAAACAUUGUUGUUACUCCGGCAAGCAAUGACUCUGCUUUCUUUGGUGCUACUUCUCCAACUCCUAGCUCUCGCCAUGUUUUUAGCCUUGGAGUUCUUGAGAAGUACAGGUUCUUGAGCCUUUUUAGAGUCAAAAUCUGGUGGAUGAUACCUCGUGUAGGGAAAUCCGGGAGUGAAAUUCCCAUGGAAACUCAAAUGCUUUUAUUGGAAGCAAGAGAGGAGUCUGCGUUGAAUGGUGGGAUGAUUUCUUCUGAGACAUCCACUGAGAACCCUCUCUACAUUCUUUUCUUGCCUGUCUUGGAUGGACUAUUUCGAACCAGUUUGCAAGGAACUUGGGCAAAUGAGCUCCAAUUCUGCAUUGAAAGUGGAGAUGCUAAUGUCCAAACCUCCCAAGCACUUGAAGCAGUAUUUAUAAACUCUGGGGAGAACCCUUUUGAGCUUAUUAAGAAUUCUGUCAAGAUACUGGAGAAACACAAGGGUACAUUUUGCCAUAUUGAGAACAAGAAGAUUCCUGCACAUUUAGACUGGUUUGGCUGGUGCACUUGGGAUGCUUUUUACACUGAAGUGAAUCCACAAGGAAUCAAAGAGGGUCUUCAAAGUUUCUUAGAAGGUGGGUGUUCACCGAAGUUUCUUAUCAUUGAUGAUGGCUGGCAAGACACAGUGAAUGAAUUUCGCGAAGAAGGUGAACCUCUUAUAGAAGGGACACAGUUUGCUACUAGGUUGGCCGACAUCAAAGAAAAUAGCAAAUUCAAAAGUCUAGGUCCAGAAGAAGACUGUACCAAUUUGCACGAAUUUAUUGAUACCUUGAAAAAGAAAUAUGGAUUAAAAUUUGUUUAUAUGUGGCACGCUUUAGCUGGGUAUUGGGGAGGGGUUCUUCCAUCAUCUGAUGCAAUGAAAAAGUACAACCCAAAACUUGUGUAUCCAAUUCAGUCACCUGGUAAUGUGGGGAACAUGAGAGACAUUGCAAUGGACAGCUUGGAGAAAUAUGGAGUUGGAGUCAUUGAUCCUAGUAAGAUAUUUGAUUUUUACAAUGAUCUUCAUAGCUAUCUGGCAAGCAAUGGUGUAGAUGGAGUCAAGGUGGACGUCCAGAAUCUGAUUGAAACUUUAGGCUCUGGAUUUGGAGGUCGAGUGAUGUUGACUGGACAGUAUCAGGAAGCACUUGAGCAAUCUAUUGCAAUAAACUUUAAAGGAAAUAAUCUAGUUUGUUGCAUGAGUCACAACUCUGACUCAAUUUACAGUUCAAAGAAAAGUGCAGUUGCAAGAGCAUCAGAGGAUUUCAUGCCAAGAGAACCAACAUUUCAGACCUUACAUAUUGCCUCUGUAGCUUUCAACAGCCUUCUUCUGGGGGAGAUUGUGGUGCCGGACUGGGACAUGUUCCAUAGCAAACACGAUGCUGCCGAGUUACAUGGAGCUGCAAGAGCAUUGGGUGGAUGUGCAAUAUAUGUCAGUGACAAGCCAGGCAUUCAUGACUUUAAAAUCCUGAAGAAACUGGUGUUGCCUGAUGGGUCUAUCCUGAGAGCUAGACAUGCUGGCCGUCCCACAAGAGAUUGUUUAUUCCAAGAUCCUGUCAUGGAUGGGAAAAGUUUGUUGAAGAUAUGGAACUUGAACAAAUUAACAGGGGUUGUUGGUAUUUUUAAUUGUCAAGGAGCAGGAGGUUGGCCAAUGAAACAAGAAGCUGAAGAAGUACCUGCUGCACCAUCAGUGCCUUCUUCCCUUUCAGGUCAAGUGAGUCCUAUUGAUGUUGAAUUUCUUGAAGAAGUUGCAGGUGAAGUUUGGAAUGGGGAUUGUGCAGUCUAUGCUUUGAAUUCAGGAUCUCUUUCUGUGCUGCCAAAGAAAGAAAUUCUUGAAGUGUCCUUGACCACUCUUAAAUGCGAGAUAUAUACUGUCUCUCCAAUUAGGGUUUUCGGUCAGCAUCUUCAUUUUGCUCCAAUAGGAUUGCUUGAUAUGUACAACUCAGGAGGAGCAGUUGAAGCUGUGAACUGCAUUAUCGAUGUUUCAACUUGCACAAUCAAAGUCAAUGGCCGAGGUUGGGGCCGAUUUGGAGCCUACUCCAGCACUAAACCAACCUUUUGCAUGGUGGACAUGAAAGAAGAAGAGUUCACUUACAAAGAAGAAAAUGGAUUAUUGACAGUUAAAAUUGGAGGCAUAUGCAAAUUAAGAGAUAUAGAAUUCAUAUAUUAG